AUGGCUCCGGACCUAUCCAAGAACCGCUCAAUGGCGAUCCUCAACGCCGCCCUCGAGGGCGGGUAUGCAGUGCCAGGCAUGUGCUGUUACAACAUAGAGAGCAUCAUCGCCACGGUGCGGGCCGCCGAGGCUGCUCGCUCCCCCGCCAUGGUGUUGCUGUUCCCCUGGGCCAUCGAGUACGCUGGCGACUCGCUCGUACGUGCCGCCGCCGACGCCUGCCACAACGCCAAGGUGCCCAUGUCACUACACUUGGACCACUGCCAGACGCCCGAGCUGGUGCGAAGAGCUGCGGACAUCGAGGGCGGUUUCGACAGCAUCAUGUGCGACAUGAGCCACUACGAGAAGGAGGAGAACCUGGCGCUCACCCGCGAGCUUGUCCAGUACUGUCAUGAGCGCGGGAUUGCCACUGAGGCCGAGCCCGGCCGUAUCGAGGGUGGAGAAGACGGUGUUGCCGAGACAGUAGACCUAGAGGGUGUUCUAACGACGCCUGAGCAAGCAGAGGAAUUCGUUGCCACUGGGAUCGAGAUGUUGGCGCCAGCCUUCGGAAACGUGCAUGGCAACUACGGCCCGAGAGGAAUUCAGCUCGAGUAUGAUCGCUUAGAGUCGAUCAACAAGACGGUGGGAGGCAAAGUCAGGCUGGUGCUGCACGGCGCAGACCCUUUCACCGAGGAGAUCUUCCAGAAAUGUAUUAAGGCCGGUGUUACCAAGGUCAACAUCAACAAGGGCAUGAACAAGCACUAUGCGGCUGUGCAGGAGGAAAUGCGAGGAAAGCCACUUACGAGUGUCAUCGAAGCCGGCACGAAAAAAAUGCAGGACGCCAUUGAGGAGUAUAUGCGCCAACUGGGAAGCGCUGGGAAAGCAUGA